GGAGGGAGUACACAACACACGAUUUGAUUUUGCACCAUCCUCGACGCUAAAGUACCCAGGUCAGGUAGCUGGAUCGCACUUCUUCCCAAUCCAUCAAUCGUGUUCUCGCGAGCCAGAGGCCAGAGCCAUGGAGAAGAGCCGGGUGCUGGUGGUGGGCGGCACCGGGUACAUCGGGCGGCGGCUCGUGAGGGCGAGCCUGGCGCAAGGGCACCCGACGCUAAUCCUGCUGCGGCCGGAGAUCGGCCUGGACAUCGACAAGCUCCAGAUGUUGCUCUCCUUCAAGGCCCAGGGCGCGCGGCUGGUGGAGGCGUCGCUGGAGGACCACGCGGGCCUCGUCGCCGCCGUAGCGCAGGCCGACGUGGUGGUCUCAGCCAUGUCCGGGGCGCACAUCCGCAGCCACAAUCUCUCCCUGCAGCAUAAGCUCGUCGAGGCCAUCAAGGAGGCUGGGAACAUCAAGCGUUUUAUACCAUCGGAAUUCGGCAUGGAUCCAUCCAAGAUGGGGCAUGCUCUUGAACCAGGAAGGGUUACAUUUGAUGAAAAGAUGGACCUAAGGCGUGCAAUAGAAGAUGCCAACAUUCCUCACACCUAUGUUUCUGCCAAUUGCUUUGCUGCUUACUUCUGCCCAAACCUAUGUCAGAUGCGCACCCUUUUGCCGCCCAAAGAAAAAGUUCAUGUAUAUGGAGACGGCAAUGUCAAAGCUAUAUUCUGUGAUGAAGACGAUGUUGCAACGUAUACAAUCAAGUCUGUUGAUGAUCCUCGCGCAUUGAACAAGACACUAUACAUAAGACCACCAGAAAACAUCUUGACUCAAAACGAUGUUAUCUCGAAGUGGGAAAAGCUUUCCGGAAACGUUCUGGAGAAAAUCCACAUUCCUGCAGAUGAAUUCUUGGCUUCAAUGAAAGGUACUGACCUGGCCAAUCAAGCCGGAGUGGGACACUAUUACCACAUUUUCUAUGAAGGCUGCUUGACAAAUUUUGAAAUCGGCGACGAUGGAGCAGACGCUACUCUGUUGUACCCAGAGGUUCAGUAUACCCGCAUGGAUGAGUACAUGAAGAGGUAUGUGUAACGCUAAAUUGAACUGUUGGCUUGUCCGAACGAAUUCAUAUAUGGUGGUGGUUGUAUGUGAUGACUCUUUCAGAUUAUUGAUGCUAUGUUGUGUAUUACCUAGUCUCGGUAUUUCAUAUUUUUAAUAUUAUUCGCAGCUCCUUUGUUUGAUUCA